CUCAUAUUUAUCCGCUCUAGAAUCGUUCAGCCCGGGAAUCUAGAGUGUGCAACAUGGAAAUGCAGACGUUCCAGCUUCGGAUGCCCUGGACGCAGGGAAUAUGAAGCACAUCGCGGAACGUCGACCAUUCGACUUUGGAUACCCCGGACGAAGGGAAUUCAGAGGCGGAUGAGAAACGAUAAACAUUUGCUUCAGAGGACCCUGCACAGGGGAAUCUGGGGCACCGGAAUGUAUCUAUGUCAUGCUGUGGUGACCCCGGACGCGGGGAUCCAGGCAGGGCAGGGAAUAUCCCAGCUCUGGAAGUCCUGGACGGGUUGUCCAGGGCAGGUUCUCCAGGGUAUCCCGAACAGACGGGGGUCCGAAGGGGGGGGUCGUGGUGUGUGGAUGUGGAGGGUAAUGUCAAGAGGGUGUUAAGGGCAACUGGCGGAACCAAGGGUUCCGGGGUUUCUGUUUCUUUUUUUCUGUUUCUUUCUCUAUUCUCGGUGACUUUGCUUACGUUUUCCCCCGCAGCUCCUCAAGCUCAAGGUCCAGCGUAGUGUAGUUGUAGUGUAGUUGUAGUAUAGGAAUCAAGAUACGCACCAUUAGUAUAGAUUAUUGUAGCAUUAUGAUAGAUAGCACUAUCGCCGUAGCGUAUUGUACUUCGUCUCUCGUCUUAUAUGUACUGUAACGGUAGCCGCUCUCGUACUAUACCCAUCGCAUAGAAUACCCGCUAGACACGAUUACCUGCUAGACACGGUAGCCACUAGACACGAUACCCAUUACGUACUAUACCCCGCAUGUGUACCCGCUACUGUACUGUACCGUACGCGCAUUGCGCCCGCCUCUCGCACUUGUACCGUAGCGUAGCUUACCGCAUAGCUUACUAUACUGUAGUGUACG